AUGGGACCGCUGGAGGAGCGCCACUUCCCAGCGGCAAGCGCGGCCCGCGGUGCGCAGGAGGCGGAGCCGACGGAGGCGCUGCUGGCGGCGUUCGGGGAACGGCAGCCGCCCGUGCGGCGCCACAGCGCCAUCGGCCUGGUGCGCCACGACGCCCCGCCGCCGGCGCUGUCGCCGCGUGGCGCCUCGGACCUGGCGCCGAGCGUCAGCCUGCCCGACCUGCGUGUGCUGGGCGAGCUGCGCGCUGCCCUCGCGCCUCCGCCUCCGCGCCCGCGCCCCGCGCACGCAAAUGCAGGCGUUGAAAGCGUCGACAGAAUCUGAAGCUAAUAGCCGUUCCCGACGAGUACCGUCAUGCCUAAAGAACAUCGAAACGGAUCAAGAUGAAUGCAAAAGUGAUGACGAUGGAUGGACGUCGUUGAAGCCAAGAAUAUUAACACUCGCUACAACCAUUCA